AUGUCCCCCUCGCACUCGACCAUUGAGAGCCUUGAAAGCGCAUGGGCCGCACUCGUCGCCCUGUGCUUGCUUCUCGCAGUCGGCGCACUGUCCUUGCGGACGCGUCUCGCGCCCAAGGACAGCGAGACGAUCCACCAGCUGGGGGGGCUUCCUCUGCUCUCUGCCUGGCUCUUUUUCACACAGCGGUAUGAUUUUUUGAUCGAUACCUUCAAGAAAACGGGCCAGAAGAUGUUUCGGUUUCGGGUUCUGCAGUACCAGGUCGUAGCGCUCUCGGGAGAAGACGGACGCCGGUUCUUCUUUGGAGAACGUAACCUUAGUAUGGAGGAAGGUUUCCGGAUUCUCGGAGGACCCACUCCUAAUCCGCGAGAUAUCAACAUCGACACAAUGACCGAUGCCUCGGUGCCCUUCAUCAAACACGUUCACACGCUCCUCCGCAAGGAUCGCCUCGAGAACAUGUUACCGGAGCUGCUCAAGGACACGCACCAGAGCAUGCUCCGCCUGGGCUCCCGCGGACGACUGAAUCCAUUCGAGGACAUGUACAAUCUCGUCUUCCAGAUGACAGUGCGGAUGGCUACAUGCCGUGAGCUCGCAGAAGAGCGAUCCACGGUCAGCCGGCUUCUAGAGCUAUUCGCGCUCCAUGAGAAAACGAGUUCGCCGAUAUCCCUCCUAUUUCCGUGGCUUCCCGGGAGAUCGAAGCGGACGAAAGAAGCAGCCACGCGCGAAUUGUUUGAUAUCUUGGCCCGCUAUGUUUCGCUGCGGCGGAACGCGGUCGAGCCGUCCAGUGAUGGCAUCGACCUCCUGAUGCAGGCUGGUUAUGACGACACGACCAACAUUUCGUAUACGCUGGGUGUCAUAUUUGCGGGCGUGACGAACACAGGGAUUAAUGUCUGCUGGUGCCUCAUCUAUCUCGGCGCCCGUCCGGACUGGAAGGACAGGAUCACUGCAGAAGUUCAACGCUUGCUUUCCCGAUAUGGAAACCCACUUGAUCCGACGCACAUCCAGUUUGCUGCCGUCCCACUGCAUGCUUGGGAGGACGAGAUGCCGAUGCUCGAGACAUUUCUGAAGGAGACAAUGCGAUUCACUAUGGCUGGUACCGCGCUCAGGCGGAACGUGGGCACCAACAUCGUCAUCGCGAACUCGGGGAAGCAGAUACGGCCCAAAGACUUUAUCGCAUAUUCGCUCGGCGAUGCACAUUUCGACGCGGAAAUCUAUGAAGAUCCGUUUGCUUUCGAUCCCUCCAGAUUUGAAGAACAGAUUCGAUCGCCCAAAGCUGUUUAUCCCUUCCUCGGCUGGGGAGCUGGUGUCCUGGCGUUUCAGCCGAACAACGUCGCUUUACCGUGCGAUCUGAGUGCAGAGCAGUCGCAUUCUUACGAGUCUUGUCGCGCUCUUGGAGCAACCUUCGAGACUCGCGCUCAGCGUGAAACCAGCGCCUCGGCGGCGCGUGAGCCCAGCAGGCUGACAAAUGCAGAGCGGCUGGCACGACGUCUACCUCUCAAGCCACCGACCCGCCGAUCCUCUGCUCGCCGCGCCGCGGCUUCAGCCCAAGCGGCUGCGCGGGGGUACAUCCAAGUGUUUGCAGUUGAUAACGCUGGUUCAUUGGGUACGCCGCUCGGAUUUGUGUCUUCGGGAACUCUGCGGGGUGCGCAGUAUACCGUGGUGCCCGGGCGCGAUGCAGCCCUUGUAGUCGCCCAGAAUGGCGGUGGUCCGGGGCGGGCUGGCGAGUUGGUCACGCUGAACUCGGACAGCCCGACGCCAGCAUAUCUCGGUCUCGUCCAAGGUAGAGACGACACCUCUUCCACGCUCAGUGCUGGGAGGAAUGUGAACUAUCUGUACUUGGCUUCUACUGAGCACACUUCACCGAAUGGAGGGCCCCAGAACGUUCGCAAUUCGGUCAACAAUGCCUUUGGCGGGCGAGGCCUGACCUCUGAAAGCGUUGUCUGGACGACGGACUCUUCCACGAACGUCCUUUCUGCGCAAUGGACUAACCCCGACGGAUCCCGUGCACCAACUGUGCCCUUUGUUCAGGGAGCUGCGAUUUACUUUUCAGGCAAUCCGCAGGCGUUCCAGCAGGCGUAUCCCGCCCCAAUCCGGAGAAUCGUGCUUGUAUUUGUUCCGGCGUAGUGUAACCUUCUAUACUUGGUCCCAGUGUACGUUGUGAGUGUAUUGUGUGAGGAUGUCAUUUCCCGGACCAGAUCGCAUCACGAUGCGUUUGUGUGAGUGUGUUUGACACCUAUUCCAUAACAGGUAAUUCUACUCUUGACCCCAACCGUGACAAGCGAUUCCGGCGUCGCGUCUUUUGUUCCUACUGCUUCUCGAUUGACACACUAUACGUUUCCACCUACGUAUGGACCUCGUCGAACAGCGCAUUGCGCAGUUACGGGAAAUAGCAGACCGCAGGGAUGCACUUCUACGGCAAAUGUUUCGGAUGAUCAAGUGCCGUCGGAGCGCUGGGUUGGGGUCAUUGUUAGGAGUUGGAGAGGGAGAGGAGGAGGAAGAGGAGGAAGAGGAGUCUGGCAAGCGGACGGCAGCGGGCACGGUGGGAGAAGGAGACGGGGAUACAGACGAAGAGGAAUUGAAGAGCUUCCUAGCCCGGUUCGAUUUGUUCAAGAAUCCUGAGACGGGGCGUAUCGGCUACUUGGACCCCGGCGAAUAUGCGUAUUUGUCUCCGAGCGAAGGCGACCAGGGUACAGACGCACUGGAGCAAGAGCACCCACGCGGAGAGCAGGAUGUCGAUGUUCGAGAGAGCUCCAUACCGGCAUUGUCGCCGCUCCCGAGCGAGGAUGGGGAUGAUGUCGCAGAAAGAGACGAGGGAGAGCGACGAGAAGAACCAGAAGAAGACGAAGCUGUAGAACCCGAAGCGAAACCAGCAACACCGAUUGAGCUCGUCACCCCGGCUCAUGUUGAUGAGCCCGAAGACCUAGAACCCGAUACCCAGCUCAACAAACCGGUGCCCUCUCCUUCGCAGCAAACAUCUCAUGCUCCGACUCCGCGCGCACAGUCCCCAUUGGAGCACUCCUCCCCACCGGAUGCAACGGCUGCCGAACCUACACCUGGCGAGACACCUCCGAGACGGACGCCAACACCUGAGACUGUGCCCGUGGACUCAGACGACGAGCUGGAUCUGAUUGGGAGGCGCCCGGCGGUGGUGCCGAUGGUUCCUCAAGACGAAGAGAAGGCUUCUACGCCAGUGGAUGACGGGGACUUGGCAGAGGCAGAACGGAUUGCGCUUGUUGGGGAUACGACGAGCGAUGAGGAGGAGGAGGAGGAGGAAGAAGAAGAGACGAUGAACGUGCAGGUGGAGGAAGAUGGUGACGGGGUGCCGGUUGCGGCGGACGACGGUGACGUUGAAGCUGAAGCUGCAGCUCCAGAGCCGGAGGUGGUGACAGAAGCAGCGCAGGCAGAAGACGAAGUACAGGAAGCGCCGCCGCCUGCGAUGGACAUGGAUUUGUCGGACGCAGAGUCGAUGGUCAUUGACGAUGAUGACGAGGAAGUGGAAGAGGAAGUCCCAGGUCCACCCACAGUCCCGAUACUCCCCCUGGCACCGCCGUCGCCAGUGAUGACCCCUGUGCUAAUCCAAGCGCCGCCGCCGAGCAAGGCUGGGGACGAGUAUGUGUUCGGGAUCAAGGAGGAAGAAGCCAAAGAGGAGGAGGAGGAGAAGGCGGCUAUUGGGCUGACUACCAAAAUCAACAACUACACGCUGCCGCCUGUACGGUAUCUGCCGGCAGACAGUGUGCGGAUGGGCAAGGGCCGUGGGAAGCAGCAGCGCAAGAAGGACAAAGACAAGAAGGACAGCACCUGGGUACCGAUGGGUGUCAGCCGUUGGGGCGCCACUCUGCGUGCGAAUCCGGUGCAUGUCAGAGUCGCUCGCGCCGCCAAGUGUCUGGGGACCAAGGAGUGGAGUAUCGCAAUGACGGAACUGCGACUGGUACGUGCGCUGGACCAAAUCGACACGCUCAAAGAGGCCGGACGGUGGAGCUUCCGCCAGCCAAAGAAGCAGCGGGGCGUGGGCGGGCUGGGCAAGACGCACUGGGACUACGUUAUGGACGAGGCACGCUGGAUGCGCAUUGACUUUCGCGAGGAACGCAGAUGGAAGCUGGCGAUGGCAUACCAUCUGAGCACUGCAGUGCUGGAGUGGCAUGCCUGUCGGGAUGCCGAGGAGCGGGUCAAAGCCGGGGUCUGUGUUGGCUGGCGCCGACCCGUCGAGCCGGACGAAGGCGACGACGCGGGGAUGCCGUCAGUCGAGUCGCAGCUGUUGGGCGGCGUAGACUAUGGCUCCGAUGAGGACGAGGACGAGGAUGCCGAUGCCAAGGGCGCAGAAUCGACGGUCAAGACGGAGCAAGUGGACGAACAGCUGGCACUCAAGGCCCCAGCGAAUACCAAGAAGAUAUUUGCGCCCCUGCGCGAGUACGUGACCUAUUCCGACAAGAUGGUUUUGAACAGCGAGGAUUUGAAGCGGGUUCUCCCGGGUGUGGAAACACUUCCCAGCGAUAUUGGGGAGGCGUUUCCAGAUGUUCCUGUGUUCUCGCUGCCUGCUGUCAGCACGCCCCCUGUACCGAACAACAAUAAAAAGUCGGAAAAACGCGGUGACCGGGACGACCCGAACAAGCGGGUGGAAGAAACCACUUACACCAAGCUGUUCCCUAUCGGGACAUUCAUGCAUGUCAAGCCAACACUGCUUGGACCGCUGCAGCCGGCCAAACGAUGGGCCCACGGGACCUGGAUCCCUGCCGAGGAUAGCGUCGCUGCGAAUGAGGGCCUUGGGAGUGAUGGCAAGGAGUGUUUCAGUGAUCUAUUCCGGGGAGCACCGCCGCCGCACACAGCGUUGCCGCCACCCUCAAACAACCCACCGCGGCGAAUAUGGACGCAGGGAGACGACUCUCUGUUGCGGUCACUAGCAGAACGGUACCCCGGCAACUGGAUGCUGAUCGCCGAGUGCUUCAACUCGGCCCGCGUGACCAUCCGCAGUGACCGACGGUCCGGCAGAGAGUGUGCUGACCGGUGGCGCGAGCUCAGCGACGCAGUCAAGACAGCAGCGACACCGACACCCGAAUCGGCGGCGGGCAGCGAUCCUGCGGGGACAAUGACGACGCGUGGUGUGAAACGGCUUGCGAGCGUGUCUGUAUCUGGGCCGGAGGGUAGUGCCAGCAGCAACAAGCGGCGGCGACACCAGUAUCUGCAAGAGUCCAUCCGCAAGCUUGCCAAGAAACGCAUCGAGCAGAACCAGAAAACACUAGCGAACCAGCGCAAACAGCCCGGGAUGCAUGAGACGCAUGCACAGUUCAAUCGCUUGCCCAAGCGGAGUCCGGCAGAGCUCAGUCGCAUCAAGGCGGAUCGAGACCAGAAAGAUCAGCAGGAGCUGAUGGCCCGUAGGAAACAAGAUGAGAUUGUGAGAGCGAGGAUGGCCGGCAGCAGCAGCAGCAGCAGCAGAGUCCACAGCAGACACAGUCCCAGCCAGCGCCACAGCACAGCAGCAGCAGCAGCAGGCAUCGGCUCAACAACAACCCGUACAACAGCAACAACAACCAGCAGCAGCAGCAGCAGCAGCAAACUCAACAACAGCCAACAGCGGCACAGGUGUUGCAGCAGCAGCAAGUGCAGCAGUUACAACAGCUCCAGCAGCAGCAGCAACGCAUCAACGCAGCUGCUGCUGCUGCCGCCGUCAAUCGGGGGAACGGCAACGCCAGCACCGCCAACAAUCCGCCAGCGGCGACGAACCAACCGCGCUUGAAUCCGAAUAAUCAGACUCGGAUUACACUCCAGCAGCAACAACAGAUUUUGGCGCAGCAGCGCAUGGCGGCAGCGGCACACCAGCAACAGCAGCUGAUGCGCACGACUACAGCCAGUCCUCGUCCCCCGGGCCAACAACAGCCCAACCAAACACAGCAACAAGCCACAGCGCCGCCCCAGGCAGCGGCAGCAACGUCGACUGCAGCAGGUCGAGGACCGUACAUGAACAUGAAUGUAGUCCAGGGGCUCCAGUAUUCUCCAGAGCAGCUGCAGCAGAUGAUCGCACAGAUGCAGCAGAACCAACAUCGGUAGAGUGUAGUGUACGCAUGUAUGUGUAUUUCCUGUAAUAAUCCUAUGUAGAAGUGGUCUGCGGCAAGUGUUGGUCGUAACCUGCUUCGAUGAGCCGCUGUCCGGCCGCCCACACAUCAGCUGGGAUAUCCUGUGCGAUCUGGAAUCCCAGCGCAGCGUACUCGCGGAUGCGCACCAGGUCGCCGACCAUCACAUUCACUACCAAAUCACGCGGAUUCUCCGCGUCGGGAUACUCUGCCCAGUCCAGUGGCGGGCUGGUCACCUGGAUCUGAAUCUCGCUCCCAGGCCACUGCUUUACGAACGUCGCGUACGUCCGGCGCUCCAUGUACGGCUUCUGGACCAGUAUCACGCGGCGGAUCCCUGCAAG